CGGCCCCGCCGGUCUCCCUGGAGCCGCCGCCGUCGCGGCCGGAGGUCCCGGAUGUAGCGGCGGGAGMGGGGCCGGCGGUGGGCGCCGCUGGGGCUGGGGAAUGGGCUCGUAGGGGGCGAGGGAGGAACGAAGGAAGAGAACGAGCAAGCGAGCCAGCGAGCGAGGAGAAGUGCCGGACGGAGMCUCCCGCCCGGCGCCCGAAGCAGCCGCCCCCAUCGGGGUCCCCCUCCGCCGCYUGCGGGCUGCGCGCCCCCUCCAUCCGCCCCGGGGCGCCGCCGUCGAGAUGAGCAGCUCGCGGAACAACCGGGUGAUGGUGGAAGGAGUCGGGGCCCGGGUGGUCCGCGGCCCGGACUGGAAGUGGGGAAAGCAGGAUGGCGGCGAGGGCCAUGUGGGCACCGUGCGCAGCUUCGAGAGCCCCGAGGAGGUGGUCGUGGUGUGGGACAACGGCACCGCCGCUAACUACCGCUGCUCCGGGGCCUACGACCUCCGCAUCCUCGACAGCGCGCCCACCGGUAUCAAGCAUGAUGGGACUAUGUGUGAUACUUGUCGACAGCAGCCCAUCAUUGGCAUCCGAUGGAAAUGUGCUGAAUGCACAAAUUACGACUUGUGCACAGUUUGCUAUCAUGGGGACAAACAUCACUUGAGGCAUCGUUUUUACAGAAUUACCACACCAGGAAGUGAAAGGGUAUUGUUGGAGUCUCGACGUAAAUCAAAGAAAAUUACAGCAAGAGGAAUCUUUGCAGGUGCCAGGGUGGUGCGAGGAGUUGACUGGCAAUGGGAAGAUCAAGAUGGUGGCAAUGGGCGUAGAGGAAAGGUAACUGAAAUCCAAGAUUGGAGCGCGUCGAGUCCACAUAGCGCAGCAUAUGUUCUUUGGGACAAUGGUGCUAAAAACCUUUACAGAGUUGGCUUUGAGGGCAUGUCUGACCUGAAAUGCGUUCAAGAUGCAAAAGGGGGCUCUUUCUACAGAGACCAUUGUCCUGUGUUAGGUGAGCAAAAUGGUAACAGAAACCCUGGUGGACUGCAAAUAGGUGACCUUGUAAACAUUGACCUCGACUUGGAAAUUGUGCAGUCUUUGCAGCAUGGUCAUGGAGGAUGGACYGAUGGCAUGUUUGAAACUUUAACAACAACCGGAACGGUUUGUGGCAUCGAUGAGGACCACGACAUUGUAGUACAAUAUCCAAGUGGCAACAGGUGGACAUUUAAUCCAGCUGUUCUCACCAAGGCCAACGUUGUCCGAAGUGGAGAUGCUGCUCAAGGUGCAGAAGGAGGUACCUCUCAGUUCCAAGUGGGUGACCUUGUUCAAGUAUGUUAYGACCUGGAGCGUAUCAAGCUUCUCCAGAGAGGUCACGGAGAGUGGGCCGAGGCAAUGCUUCCGACUUUAGGUAAAGUUGGCCGGGUUCAGCAGAUCUAUUCAGACAGUGACUUAAAGGUAGAGGUUUGUGGGACAUCUUGGACCUAUAAUCCAGCAGCUGUCUCGAAGGUGGCAUCAGCAGGAUCUGCUAUAAGUAAUGCAUCUGGUGAGAGACUGUCACAGCUAUUGAAAAAAUUGUUUGAAACCCAAGAAUCYGGAGAUCUCAAUGAAGAAUUGGUUAAAGCUGCUGCCAAUGGAGACGUUGCUAAAGUGGAAGACUUGCUCAAGAGGCCAGACGUAGAUGUGAAUGGGCAAUGUGCUGGGCACACAGCUAUGCAAGCUGCAAGCCAGAAUGGCCAUGUCGACAUUUUGAAGUUGCUUCUGAAACAGAACGUGGAUGUAGAAGCAGAGGACAAGGAUGGGGACMGGGCUGUCCAUCAUGCAGCCUUCGGUGAUGAGGGUGCUGUGAUCGAGGUUUUGCACCGAGGCAGCGCAGAUUUGAAUGCUCGCAACAAGCGUAGGCAGACUCCACUGCACAUUGCUGUCAACAAAGGUCAUCUGCAAGUUGUCAAGACUUUACUGGACUUUGGCUGCCAUCCUAGUCUCCAGGAUUCUGAAGGAGACACUCCACUUCAUGAUGCAAUAAGUAAAAAGCGUGAUGAUAUCCUUGCUGUACUGUUAGAAGCUGGAGCAGAUGUUACUAUCACCAACAACAAUGGGUUUAAUGCUCUUCACCAUGCUGCACUAAGAGGAAAYCCUAGUGCAAUGCGUGUGUUGUUGUCUAAGUUACCACGACCGUGGAUUGUUGACGAGAAAAAAGAUGAUGGUUACACUGCUUUGCAUCUGGCAGCUCUCAAUAAUCAUGUGGAAGUGGCUGAACUUCUGGUGCAUCAGGGCAAUGCUAACUUGGAUAUCCAGAACGUCAACCAGCAAACUGCUCUGCAUCUUGCUGUUGAACGACAGCAUACACAAAUUGUUAGGCUCCUAGUCCGUGCAGGUGCUAAAUUGGAUAUUCAGGAUAAAGAUGGGGAUACUCCCCUGCAUGAAGCCCUGAGACAUCACACCCUGUCCCAGCUCCGCCAGCUCCAAGACAUGCAAGAUGUGGGCAAGGUAGAUACAGCUUGGGAGCCAUCAAAGAACACAUUAAUAAUGGGACUUGGCACUCAAGGAGCAGAGAAGAAGAGUGCUGCAUCUAUUGCGUGCUUCCUGGCAGCCAACGGAGCUGACCUCGGCAUUCGUAACAAGAAGGGUCAGUCCCCUCUCGAUCUCUGCCCUGAUCCAAGUCUCUGCAAAGCUUUGGCUAAAUGUCACAAGGAAAAAGUCAGUUUGACUGCAAGAUUUCUUUGUAGUGGCCAAGUUGGUUCCCGAAGUCCRUCUAUGAUCAACAAUGACUCUGAAACCUUAGAAGAAUGUAUGGUGUGUUCAGACAUGAAGAGAGAUACUCUGUUUGGCCCAUGUGGCCACAUUGCCACRUGUUCUCUGUGCUCACCACGGGUGAAAAAAUGCCUCAUCUGUAAAGAACAAGUUCAGUCUAGGACAAAGAUUGAAGAAUGUGUGGURUGUUCAGACAAAAAGGCAGCAGUGCUCUUCCAGCCUUGUGGYCAUAUGUGUGCCUGUGAGAAUUGUGCAAGCUUGAUGAAGAAAUGUGUACAGUGUCGGGCAGUGGUUGAGCGAAGAGUGCCUUUCAUUAUGUGCUGCGGAGGGAAAGGUACAGAAGAUACCAGUGAUGAUAUUUCAAGUGGAAACAUUCCAGUUAUGCAGAAAGACAAAGACAACACUAAUGUCAAUGCAGAUGUACAGAAGCUGCAGCAACAGUUGCAAGACAUCAAGGAACAGACUAUGUGUCCUGUCUGUUUGGACCGCCUGAAGAACAUGAUCUUUCUGUGUGGCCAUGGAACGUGUCAGCUUUGUGGAGACCGAAUGAGCGAGUGCCCCAUAUGUCGCAAGGCAAUUGAACGGAGGAUCCUUCUGUAUUAAACAGGGGCCAGUGUCUUUUACUAAGUUGUGAAAGAAUAAGGACAUCUUGAUGGUUUAAAUCUCUGUAAGUGUGAAAGGCAGUAAAGGGUUCUAAUGAAAACAUUCUAAUACUGUAGCACAGGUUCAUUCAGUAAUUGUUWAAAGACUGUGAACACACCAAAUAAAAGAAACAGUAUUUGAACAGWCAGCUUGUAGCUUUACUCUUAUCAUCUAAGCCUAAUGCUAAUUAAAGYGGUGUUUUUAUCAUUUUCUUUCUGUCUUCUUCUUCCCCUUAAAGUUCAAAGGGACAACUUUAUUUUGGUUKUGUUUAUAUGUAUCAUGUAUGUAUCAGAUGUCAAGUGAUGUAAGGGAAUUUUUUUUUUUUUAAUAGUGUCAGUUACUACCAAACGUAAAUAUUUAGGCUAUUUUUUGCUUUAUAGUUUUCUGGAGAAUGUCGAGGUUUCCUGUGACAGUUUCGAUUCACAGUAAUUCCUAUCUGUAGGAAUACACAGUCAUGAAAAAUCAAUACAAAAUACAUACACAGUAGUAAUAAAUAUACUAUUCCUGUAGGGUCAGGCCUCGGAAUACAAUGUUAAGGUAGUUCUGACUUCAUCGUGCACUUCGUUCCUGAGGAGGGGUUGUGUAGGAAGCAGUAAAAAGAAAAAUCUGUUCCAGAACAGAUUAUGUUYUGAAAACUGCACUUUAGUCUAACAGGUUCAAGCUAAGUAACUUAAAUAGUGGGUUACUUGAAGCAUGGGAAUUGCUUUUAAYUUGACUGGAAAGGAAAACAUUCAAGCAGUAGGUCAGUUAUCCCUUUCAGAUGAGUGAAUUUGAUCARUUGUGGAGAAACAUAUACAUGCGGAGCCAUUAAAAAAUUGUGGAUCUGUGAAUUUGAAAAAAAAAAACAGCUUUUGCGAGAUUUCUUUUUAAGUGAGUUUUAUUGUCUCCAGGCAAAUAGUGUCAACAGCAAAASAGAAUAUUUAAUAUUGGCUAUUCAUCUAAGUGCAGUGUUAACACCAGAACUUCUCUGUGAGCAUUACCGAGUAAUACGUCAUAUGAAGAUAUUGCUGACAGAACAGUGAAUUUUGUGAGCUGUGCCUUGUUGAGCUGAAUUUGGCUGAAGGAGUUUGCUUUCACUGGUACGAUAAAGAGCUGUUCCUGACCCCCAAAAUGCUGCUGUCAGGGACUGCAAACUAUUAACAUUUUGAAAACAAAUGCAUCCUUUCAUCCUUUUUGAUGGUAGAAAAUAAGCUGAUUUAAGGAUCUCUUGUAGCUAAAUCCAGGUUGUGUGAAUCUGUGCUUACUCCUAAGUGAUUCAACAGUUUUCUGAGUGCAUAGUUCAUGUAGCCCUUUGCCAUUGUGCAAACUUCAUUUGGACAUGCUCUUGCAGUAAAAUAAWGAAAUCCGUGCUGGAGUCACUUAGGUGCCUUACUUGCAGCUAAGAUGAAUUUAUCAUUGAAUUUUCMUUGCAUAUGGCAAAAAUGUGGACAAAGGGAUAGUUCAGGGAAACUUCCAAGUAAGGAUAAAGGCAUGAAAUUGUGGUCUUUCCAGAUAAAUCAGUCUGUCUUCUGAAGCUUAUGUUGAUAUGCCUGAAUUGUGCAAAUGUUGGCAAAUGUCUCAGAAGACUGUUACUAAUAAACUGUAAAGACAGACAAACCUUUAAGCAAUAAGAAUAAAACACUGAAUAAAGCUUCCCAGGAAACAAGUACAGUGAUACAUUGGUAAAGUGUAUGUAGAGUGGCAUUUAACAUCAUGAAGUGAUGUAAUACACAGCCUUACAAUAGCCAUCUUUAAUCCUCAUCCAGCAUUCCAAGUGUUCCUCAUUAUUUUCAGUGUUUUUUUCAUUUCACACAAUCACAAUCUGGAGUCACUGUAGUAGUCUGUUUUAUUUUGUAUYCUAGUGGUCAUCUGUUCUCAGAUAAUCUGCAUUUGUAUUCUUGGCCAAAUUAAGUGGUCUUCCCUUUUUUUGCUUCUUGGUUCCUAUUCUAAAAUCAAAAUUACAAGGAGUUUUGUAAAGUUUUUCAURUUAACCCUUUUUUCAGUUCAGCAUUUUGCUAUCUCCACUUGAGCAGUGCAUGCAUCUGUGUGUUCAUUGCAGUUUUUAUUUGGCCAAUAUGCAUGUCACCAAGGUUUUUCGUUUGGUUUUUUGGGGUUUUUUUUGGUAACAUGUUUUACAGCUGAGCUUUCUGUAAUAGGCUUCAGUUUCUUGUUAGGCUUCCCUUGGUAAUACUUCUGUAACAGUGUAUGCCAUUUGAUGAUCCAUUCUGAGUUUCAGCCUGUCAUUCAUCAGAUUUGUCCUUUGGUUUCCUGUCGCCUGCAGACACGUUUUGUCCUCUUCAUUCUUCAAGGGGACCUCUGCAGACUUGUCAGCACAGAURUAGGGUGGAUCUCUUCCUGAUAAUGCAGCUCAAAACUGACACUUCAAUAUAGCGGUUUGCAUUUUCCUGAUUCUUUUUUUGCUGGAACAAGCCAGAAUUACUUGAAAGUAUUCCAGCUUAGUGACAGUUUAAUAAUUCAGCUGAGUUACAACAGAUGUGAAGCAUCCUGGGUAGGAAACUGGAUUUGAAUGUUAAGUAUUCCUAGUCUUCAGAAGGCACAUACUCGUAGCAUAGGUAGGUAAGGUCUCUGUUAGGCUUUUCCCUUUCAAGAGAGAAGAUGUAAGUUACUGCUUAGCAUCCUUGGUACUUGUAGACCAUCACAGUCCUGUGGAAAGGGAGACAAUGACUGAAGGUAUUGCUACAGGAGCAGUUUUAGCYUCCCAUACUGCAAUCACAGCAUGUGUAUGUGACUGCAUAGGAGUUUGUGAUUGGACUUAUUCAGCAGUGUUGUGUGCAAGUUCAAAUUGAUGUCAGCUUGAUGCUAYUUUGGUGCCAAGAGAAACAAUUGAAUUAGAAAAUCUGGGAAAGCUAAACAAGAUGCUUGAAUUAUUUAAAUAGGUCUCUUAUUGACAGGUAGAAGAUCUGUAUCUUAUCCGGAGAUGGCUAUACAGUUUGCCUUUCAAAAAAUUUAAUGAGGAAAAGUAUUUGUAAAUCCAGUAUCAUUUGUGGAAGUAGAUAUUUAUAUUCAGUCCCUCUCUUUGCUCAUAGAAGGUGAGCUAGYGUUGAGGAACCCAGUAAGCUCAUUCACUGUAUUCUGUUGUUAUCUGUGCAAUGUGCACCGAGUGCAGUGUUUAUCUGGAAAGCACAAUAUUUGAAGGAUGAAAACAGCUCACUUGAAAGCCAAAGGAGAUCUUAACAAGUAGGAGAGUYGAGGAAAUAUCACUGUKCAUCUGUCUUCACCAAAACAUUAAYGUCUAAACUUCACCUGAGCAAAGUGAAAAUUAGAAAAAUCAGUGAGRUAUUUAUCUCUAAUUUACUGUAAAAUCRURGAAUGUAAGAGUUGCAAGACACCUAAAAAUAYGUAUUGUUCGCUGUGAGGUAUGUUCAGAUGUAUAAGUAAAAUACUUUCUUUUCUGUUCAUUCAUUAAGAGACAUACACAGUCAGAUCACUACAGAGUGAUUUAAAGUAUAAAGACAACCUAAGAGGUUAACAGAAUAUGCUUAAUAGUUAUAGAUUGUUAACUUUUGUGUAACUAUAUUUGACUUCCUUUCGCCCCAAAACUUGUAUCAUCACUUAUUGUGGCCCGAGCUCGUAUGGCACUUSUCACAGUCUGGGCCAUUAUUACCUACUUUCCAUUUGCUGGAUUCUGUGUAUUUGUAUGUUGGGAUUUGGAGAAAUCCCAUUUUCCUGAAGUGGAUACUGAAAACUACACUGGUGAGAUAGUAAACAAGUUACUUUGUURAUGUGAAAAUUUGAUUAGAAGGUGGUGUUCUUAACUUGGACUGGGUGAGGAUAUAGCAAAUUUGCACAAGUACUUGUGCCUUGUUAGCAUAGUCUUACAAUUGRUAUUUUAGCUUCUUUUAAAGACGUGAAAUGGUCUUCUAAAAAUAAUUAAGUACUGACUGUGUAGAUAUUUUCUAGAGAUGAAGGUUUAUGUCUAAUUAGCAGUAUUAAUUAGUUAGUAUGAACACUAAAUUGUUUGAAGAAGCUGCUUUCAGCUGGUGAUCUGAGCUUCCUCUACAAAAAUAAUUGUCAGAAAUUUAGUUUUACUCUUCCAGUAGCAGCUGGUGAACCGAAGAGCCUAUCCUGUUCUUUGUGCUGCAUGGGUCAAGUUUUCACUUUAAAAAACCAAACCCCAACAACACUACAGUCUAACCUUUAGCAGUGCUACCUCCUUUCUGUCAAAGUGCUGAAUUCUUCUCUAGCUGUUCUUUGUCUUUGGGAAGRGAUAGGGAACACAUCAGUUUUCUUUGCUUCAUCAGUUUUGAUGUCUGAAUACAUUGCAAAGGUUUUUUACUUCAUAAAAUUACAGUGUAAAUCGCAUUUAGUAGGAGUGUGUGGUUUGUCACAAAGUAUGUUGUAUACCUGUUUGCAUAAGUUUCUGGAAUUCAUACUGUUAUCUUUUUKUGCAUUUCAUAACUUGUUUAUGUUGACAAAGCUAAACUGUUGUCUGCAGAAGCUUUYGUGUGUGCCAUUUUUAUAGCUAAGCCUGUGGUAAAUACGCAAGUUCUGACUCAGGGCUUUUUAACAACUUAAACACAUUCACAAUAUUCUUCAGCACAUCUUGGAGAAUACUAGAGAUUUAAUGACUGUACAGUGCCUUGAUAGAACUGUUGAAUGGGCAGCAGCCAUAGAGUCUUCGUAGAAUGCAAGUAUCUUUUGAAUCCCGUUAAUGAGUUGAUGUUAAUAUAAUUGUAAUGCCCCUACCAUGGAUUUAUAAACUUGUAUAUACUUUCUGUAAAGGAAAUUCAGCAAAUCUAGGUAUUGUUAAGCUUUCUGAAAGCUGUUUAUUUGUUGCACUGGUCAUGAGAGUCUGAAGGGCAUAAUAUUCAAAUUUACAGAAGCAGCUUUUGUGUCAAAAGACAGCUGAGAAAAUUUUCUGUUUGUGAAAUUUUUAGUGUGAGGGAAGGGUCAUUGUAUAAACAUGUAAAAGUACCUGCUUUACUCUGAUGUAGUAAAUCUUUUGUGAGAGAAAUAACCAACAGCAGACCAGUAUGUUUGCAUGCCAUUUCAUAGUUAGAAAACUUAGUCUCAUUUUGAGCUUCUAGGAAAUACUUAAUUUGUCCCAACCUUAGUGUCUUUAUGAAUGCUAACUAUUCAUGUUAGGAAAAAAAACAGGUCUUACUGAAUCACACAAACAUUUUUACUUUUGUUAAAACCAACUUUGUAUUUUCAGUAAACUGUAGAUUUUGACAUGACUGUUUAUUGGAGAAUUUUAAGGUUGCCUGUGUGAAUGUAGUGUAUUUCUGUAUGCUGAUAGCAUUAUAUAGUUGCUUACUUUAAACUGCUUAGCRAGGUCUAAGCUUUUCAGAGGAAAUGCUGAUGUACUGUAUGGUUAGUUAAACUUGUCAUAUAAGAUGUAUACUGACUUUUUCAAGAGCUUUGAUUUAAAAGUAUAAUUGGACUGAGUACUGAUUUUUUGCACACAACAUUGGAAAAGGGGUGGUAGCUCAUUUGUCUUCCUCCUUCUUAGUUGUAAUGACAUUAGAUGUCACCAUGGAAUUUGAAAAUUGUAUACCUGAAAAAAUAUUUGUGAACUUGGUUACUUGUUGGCAUACAAUGUUUAAAAGUGCACCAGAAUUUAUUGAGAAAGUUUGCAGUCCAAAGUUGUUAAAAAAUCUUGUUCUUCUAUAAUAUGCUCCUGAAGAUUGAGUUUGUGGAAGCAUCAGAAGUGCUACGUGCCUUUGAAUCUCUGAGGUACUCAAACAUUGUUAAAGCAGCACAAUAGAAGUUUGAAGGGUGGAUUAUGUAUAACAACAAAAAAGUUGGUUGAAAUUUUUUAUCUCUGGCACAUGUGCAAAUUUUUCUGUAAAUAUGCAGUUCAUAGUACUGUUCUACUGACCAGAGUUGCUGUUAAGUGUAUGUUAGACUCUGUGUUUACUCGUAAUUGAAUGGCCUUUACAGAUCUGGCUCCGUGAAUGUGAUCAUGUAAACAUCUCCUGCCAGAUACAGUAACUUCCAUAUUCUGAGACAACAGAUGCUGCAUCAUAGUUUGUACUCUUAGGAUUCAAUUUAAUGGAUGCAUUUGUAAAAAAAAAAAGUCUGUGUAAUCAAAGGCAACAAAACCAACCAGACUUAUAUGGCUUAGUGUUUUUAUUUGUCCUAGUGUACAGGUGAAAAAAGGAACUGACAGAAUAAAAAGUUUGUUUCUCUCUU